UCCAUUAUCAUACACUAUCUAAAUUCUCUCUUCCAUUUUCCCAUUAUUAUAUAAAGGUUUAAUUUUUUCAUAUACAUGUAAGUAUUGUACUUAAAUUACUCGUAAAAAUGUUGAGGUUGAUGACAGGAAAGGCAGGGCGUAGUGGUUUUGGAUCAGCUUCAACUGCUGAACAGGUCACUCAUGGGAUUGAUGCUACCAAUCUCACCGCAAUCGUUACUGGUGGUGCGAGUGGGAUCGGGAUGGAGACAGCGAGAGUGUUAGCAUUAAGAAAUGCACACGUUGUUAUUGCUGCAAGAAACAUUGAGGCUGCAAAUGAAGCAAAGCAGCUCAUUCUUAAUGACAACAAAAAUGCUCGAGUCGAUGUCCUUAAACUGGAUCUGGCUUCGCUCAAGUCGGUCAAGGCAUUUGCUGAUGCGUUCAUUGCUCUCAACCUUCCUCUAAAUAUCUUGAUAAACAAUGCUGGAAUCAUGUUCUGUCCGUAUCAGCUGUCUGAAGAUGGGAUUGAGAUUCAGUUUGCUACAAACCAUCUUGGUCACUUCUACUUGACCAAUCUUCUCCUUGACAAGAUGAAAGAGACAGCAAACUCUACUGGCAUUGAGGGCCGAAUCGUGAAUUUAUCAUCAAUAGCUCACAUACAUACUUACAAAGGAGGAAUCAGAUUUGCAAAAAUUAAUGAUAAAAGCGGGUACAACAGCAAGAGGGCUUACGGGCAAUCUAAAUUAGCCAACAUAUUACAUGCUAAUGAGCUCUCCAGGCGCUUGAAGGCCGAGGGAGUAAAUAUUACUGCAAACUCAGUUCAUCCAGGGUUGAUAAUGACCAACCUCUUUAAGUAUUCUGGCGUUUGGAUGAAAAUUCUCAAGUUUUUCACUUGUAUCCUAUGGAAGAACGUCCCUCAGGGUGCAGCCACAACGUGCUAUGUUGCGCUUCACCCUAGCUUGGAAGGUGCAACAGGGGAGUACUUUGUGGACUGCAAUGAGUUCAAACCGAGUAGGUUUGCAAGGAACGAAGUUUUAGCCAAGAGACUCUGGGAUUUCAGCAACAAGUUGGUCAAUGCAGCUGAAGCCUCUUAGAUUUUGCUUCUUCCGUCUCAUUCUUGUCAUC